GUUGCUGAAGCGAACUAUUGAGGAAAGGGAAAAUGGCGGACCUCGAAGACGUUACGCUGGACGGGAGGCCGCUACAAUCUCUACGGGUGGCGGAUUUGAAAGCUGCUUUAGAGGAGCGGGGGCUUCCUAAAAGCGGACAGAAAAAUGCUCUCAUUAAGAGGCUCAAAGGGGCUCUCAUGCUGGAGAACCUCCAGAGAACCUCACACCAUCACAUAGGACUGCAGCCAAACUCCCAGAUUGGUGAAGAGAUGAGCCAGAACAGCUUCAUUAAGCAGUAUCUGGCAAAACAGCAGGAGCUCUUGAGGCAGCGUCUGGAAAGAGAGGCCCGGGAAGCAGUCGAAGAUGAUGAUACAGACCAAGAGGACCACACACAGGGCAAUAACAGCUCUGCCUGUGCUGCCCCAGACCAGGAUGACGCACCCGUGUUGGUUGACCAACACAAGCCGCUUGGCCCCUCCGAGGGAGAGGGACUAGCAGGCCCGGCAAGCGAGGGAGAGGGACACAGGGCCAAAGACGGCCAUGUGUCUGGUCCACCUGCCUCUACCUCGCCUACCUCUGCCCCUGCUGCCGUGGCCUCUCUGUCUGUGCGUGUAGCUGGUGGUGGGCAGCGACAGGAGAGAGUCCCAACCUCUAGCCAAGUCCCAGCAGAUAGCGAUGAUGACAGCGACGGAGGUGACGAGGAUGGUGAGGAUGAGGACUGGAAUAGCGGUGCCAGGAGGAGGAAUCUAGGAGAGCCACCAAGAGGCCAGCUGGCAAGAGAGAGGUCUGAAGGAUCCCGCCAACCCCCACAGCACAUCCCUCCCCUGUUGUCUCCGCAGCUUCGACAGCCUACCCCUCCUCCCUCCCCUCCCCCAGAGUUAUCAUUCCCACUGCCUGAUACCCCUAAACAAAGCCCCCCUAGUCCAGGUGAGCUCCCGGCUAGGCAGCGUACUUCCAGUACAUCCAGCUCUGGCUCCUCUAGCAGUGGCAGUCGUAGUAGCAGUCCAGAACCACAAAGCAACGCAGAGCGCAAGCCUGGCCCACUGACCCUGCUGGCACGCAAGAUGGCAUCAGAAGGGGCUUUCUCUGGAGUUGGGUGGCAUGGACGUGGGGAGGCAGAGAGGCAGGACAACAAUGCUGCAACUGCAACAAUAUUUCCUGGUAGAGGUCCUCAAGAGGGCACAGUGUCUGCCAUCACCCACACAGCCAAUGCUGCAGCCAGUUUGCCCUUCCCCAGUCUGGUUCCAGUCACCAACCAGGGUGUACUUGGAGGCCAUCUCCCCCACAGUCAAGUUCCUGUGAGUGUGCUUAGGCCCACUAUAAUGGAAGAGAGAGAUGCUGCAUGGCAACAAGAAAACAAGGAAAGGGAGCUGCAGGCAGAGAGGGAAAGAGAAAAAGCCCUUGAGCAAGAGAGACUUAGAGCCAUGGAGCUGGAAAGACAGAGAAUAUUUGAGCAACAGCGUGCCAUGGAGCAAGAGAGGGAAAGAGCUUUGAAAUUAGAGAGGGAGGAGAGGGAGAAAGCAUUGGAGGCAGAAAGGAAGGAGAGGGAAAGAGCUUUGGAGCAAGAGAGGGAGGAGAGGGAGAAAGCCUUGGAGGCAGAAAGGAAGGAGAGGGAAAGGGCUUUGGAGCGAGAGAGGGCGCAAGCUCUUGAACGAGAGAGGGAGGAAAGAGAGAAAGCUUUGGUGGAAGAGAGAGAGAAGUCUAUGGCAAGAGAGAGGGCCCUUGAGCUUGAGAAAGAGAAGGCUAUGGAGUUAGAAAGGCAGAGAGCCAUGGAACGAGAGCGAGCUUUGCAGCAAGAGAGAGAGGAGAGGGAAAGAGCAAUAGAAAAAGAAAGAGUUAAAUCUUUUGAGCGGGAGGAGAGGGAAAGGGCUCUGGAGCGGGAGCGGGAGCAAGCUCUUGAACGAGAAAGGGUGGAGACAGCGAGAGCUUUGCAGCGAGAACGGCUGGAGAGGGAGAAAGCCUUGGAUCAAGAACGGUUGGAGAGGGAGAAAGCUUUGGAGCUAGAGAGGCAGAAAGCUUUGAAACGGGAACAGGAGGAGAGGGAGAAAGCUUUAGAGCUAGAGCGUAUAGAGAAGGAAAAGGCUUUGGAGCAAGAGCGAGUUGAGAAGGAGAAAGCUUUGGAGCUAGAGAGGCAGAAAGCUUUGAAACGGGAACAGGAGGAGAGGGAGAAAGCUUUAGAGCUAGAGCGUAUAGAGAAGGAAAAGGCUUUGGAGCAAGAGCGAGUUGAGAAGGAGAAAGCUUUGGAGCUAGAGAGGCAGAAAGCUUUGAAACGGGAACAGGAGGAGAGGGAGAAAGCUUUAGAGCUAGAGCGUAUAGAGAAGGAAAAGGCUUUGGAGCAAGAGCGAGUUGAGAAGGAGAAAGCUUUGGAGCUAGAGAGGCAGAAAGCUUUAAAACGGGAACAGGAGGAGAGGGAGAAAGCUUUAGAGCUAGAGCGUAUAGAGAAGGAAAAGGCUUUGGAGCAAGAGCGAGUUGACAAGGAGAAAGCUUUGGAGCUAGAGAGGCAGAAAGCUUUGAAGCGGGAACAGGAGGAGAGGGAGAAAGCUUUAGAGCUAGAGCGUAUAGAGAAGGAAUUGGCUUUGGAGCAAGAGCGAGUUGAGCAGGAGAAAGCUUUAGAGCUAGAGAGGCAGAAAGCUUUAGAGCGGGAACGGGAGGAGAGGGCAAGGGCUUUGGAGCAAGAAAGAAUUGAAAGGGAGAAAGCCCUUGAUAAAGAAAGAGCCAUGGAGAAAGAAAGAGUGGAGAGGGAAAAAGCUUUGGAACGUGAGAGAGAGGAGAAGGAGAGGGUUUUAGAACAGAAGGCCCUGCAGAGAGAAAAAGUGGAGAGGGAGAGCACUUUGGAACAAGAUAAGGAAAGGGCUAAGGUGGCUGAGAGGGAGAGUCAUCUUCCUCCAUGGAAACGUGGUCGUGAGAUUGGUCUUACCCCCCUGCCCACUCCUCCCCUCUCCACAGGAGCAGGUAGAAUGGCGGCAACAGAGGAGGGUGGGAAGUCCCACGUGCCAUCCCUACCCCAAACAGCAUCGAGAGACAACCAGCCAGCUGAAUCUGGUACGCCCCUGUCACCAACUAUAGCAACGCCUCUGUCACCCCAGUCCUCCUUCAAGAAGUUCCGUUUCUUGAGAGACCCCCCAGUUCUAUCCCAAUCUUGCUCUGCAUCCCUGGUCAUCAAGAGGCCCCGUACGUUCUCUGACAGCCCCCAUCCUCAGGCCUCAGCUCUCCAGUCCCCAAGAAAACCUGGGGAACAAGAGCAGGAAGGUACUCUGCAGGGGCCCAAUCCUUCUGCUGGACAGGCAGUACCACAGAUGCCUGCAAGACAGGGGGUCCUUGUUUCUGGACCACCUGCAGCAGACACGACAGGGCCAGAGACCCCAGUGAUUGCCACGCUAGGCAAGAGUCCUGAAGAAGAAAAGGCUAAGGAGCUUGCGUCAGAGGAGCAGGUCCUAGCAGAUAAGGAGGAGACAGACAAGCAGGAAGUGGGAGAGAUGGCCAGAGGUGAAAAAGGGGUGGGUGCAGGAAACGUCCCCUCGGGUCGAGCAGAAGCUGUGGUACCUCCCUCACCCCCACCGGAAGAGGGCAAUGUAGACCGGGGAAGGGAGAGAAGUCAAAAGAAAGAAGAGAAGCGGGGAAGACAGGCUUCCUCAUCUAGUGACUCCUCAGAUUCUGACUCUGGGUCAUCCUCCUCACAUUCGUCUGGUUCAUCUUCGUCCUCCCAGGGCAAAACCCGCACCACUCCCAGUGGUAGAAAGCCUGAGAAACCUCAGACAAACACCAUAUCCCAGGAUAAGGAGACAGUUAGUCAACCUGAGGAUUCAACUGAGGCCCCAAAAGCCCCCCAGCGCAAAAAUCGAGGAUCUGGGGAGGAGGAAGAGAAGGACAUGACCAUCGAUGGAGCCAGACACAGCAAGAAACCGUUCCUUGGAAAACCUGCUGGAGAGGGCAAUGAGCAGAAGAAGGACAGCGAGGGAGAGAAGGAAAAGACGAACACUACAAGGGAGGUGAAGGAGGCUGCCAUGACUGAGCCUGAGCGGGCUCCUGAAGGCAGUGAGGAGAGUCUGACACCAAAGACAUUCGCAGCCCGUAGGAUCUCCCUUAGCAGUAGCAAGGCCUCUCCAGGUGUUGUCAGUGCCGAGGGCGAGGCAGAGUCUGGGGCCGGGCCCGGGAGGAAGAGGAGGUGGGGUUCCAGCACUGCAGUCACAGCCAAGAAACCAUCCAUCAGCCUCACCACAGACUCUCUGAAGUCUCUGAUCCCAGACAUCAGGCUGAGUCCAGGCCAGGAGGCUGUAGUGGAUCUGCACCCAGAGGAAACUCACCUCUCUGGGGGAGAGGAGGACAGGGAGCGGGGCGAGCAAGACUUCAAGAUCAGACGCACAGUCACACAGGUGGUCCUGUCCGAGACCCAGGAGAAUGGACCGAAGGAGUCAAAGAGGAGUGAACACAAGGAUGAGGACAGAGAGGAUGGAGGGGAGGUUAAAGGCGACAGAGAGAAGAUGGACAACUUAUUCCAGAGAGACUCCAUGGAGACACAAUCCCCCUCUCCUCCCAUCCAUGACAUGGAGAUGAACACAGUGAGCCCCAGUGACACCCUGAUCCGUCGCUCCAUCAGUCAGCAGAAGUCUGGCGUGUCCAUCACCAUAGACGAUCCUGUCCGCACAGCCAAGCAGCCUUCUCCUCCACGAGGCAAAGUGUCCAACAUCGUCCACUUGUCCAACCUGGUUCGGCCGUUCACCCUGGGUCAGCUAAAGGAGCUGCUCAGCAGGACUGGCACCAUGCUGGAGGACGGCUUCUGGAUUGACAAGAUCAAAUCUCACUGCUACGUCACAUACUCCAUUGCAGAGGAGGCAGUGGCCACUCGUGCAGCACUACAUGGGGUGAAAUGGCCUCAGAGCAACCCAAAGUUCCUCAGUGUGGACUUCAGUCAGCAAGAGGAGCUUGACUUCCACAGAGGCUUGCCUCCCCCUGAGAGGGCUGGAGAGGAGGAGCGGGGGGCUGCGUCGAUGCCUGGCCGAGGUCGGGGGGUGGCCCUGCCCCCUCUCCUGCCAGAGAGUGACCAGUGGGCGGAGCGAGAGCGUGAGAUGGAGCGCAGGGAGAGGACCCGGGCGGAGAGGGAGUGGGACAGGGACAAGGUUCGGGACUUUGGCCCAGGAAAACCUGGAGAGGAGGCGGGCCCCAGACGAUCGCGCUCCAGAGAGAGGAAGCGCAAGGAGAUGGGCAAGAGCAAGGAGAGGAAGAUGGACAAGAAAGAGAAAGCUCCAGAGGAACCCCCUGCCAAACUGCUGGAUGACCUGUUCAAUAAAACCAAAGCAGCCCCUUGUAUAUACUGGCUCCCUCUCACAGAAGAGCAGUUUACACAGAGGGAAGCAGCCCGACAAGAGAGGAUGAAGGAGCGAGAGAAGAGGAGGAAGGCGCAGCAAGAGGAGGAAGAGAAGAAAAGGGAGGAAGAGCGCAAAGAAAGGAUAAAAGCAGGGAGUAGCGCAUCUGGCGAAAGAGGCGAGGGGGACAGGGACAGAGAGCGAGACAGGGAGAGGGGCAGAGACAGGGACCGAGACAGAGAGGGUGACAAACGCAGAGAAGGCAGCCACCGCAGACCAGGGGGCAGCAGUGCAGGGGUGGGCAGACGCUCCCGCAGCCGCAGUGAUCCUCCACCUCGUGACAGACGACGCUAGAGGGAAUUGGUGUGGCUGGAACUGUCUAAAAAUAACCCCCCAUUCCCCAUCACUAUAUGUACUUUGUUAGAACUAAGACCCUACAGAGGACCACACACACACACACACACACACACACACAUAGGGACCAUGGUUUGAGGAGUGUUUCCCCAGACUGCAGUCUGUCUUGCUCCUGUCUGAAAGUUUAGAUUUUAUUUGUGUUAAUUUUGCCUAAGUGUAUUCUUAUUAGUUUUUUUUAAUAUUCUUGGCAGAUUGGCAGUAAGGCAAACAACCCUUUUCCCCCAAUUUCUCCCCCAUGCAUAUCUGAAGCAUAAGUGCUCUAUGUGGAGGUCUAUGCAUACACACACAUCAGUUUUUGUCCUUCCCCUGUGUUGUGUAUUCCACAACUGGUUUCUGUGGGGUGCUUCGUCAUGGCUGCAUGCUGUCCAAGUCUGCCGUCCUCCGCCUUGAUUCCUGGGGAGGACUGACGGUGUUGCGCAGAGUUCUGUCUUUGUUUAGUUUGAUGGAUGAGAGACUAUAUUCUCUGCAAGAGAUUAGAAAUGACACAGGCCUCACUGAUCUGUCUCUUAAUCUUCAAUACGCUUCUUUCUGUCCAUCCUUUGCCUUCUCCCCUCCCCCCCACCCCCCCUCUGGUCAACGCAGGCAGGAAAAGGGGUGCGUAUUAAAACGCCACACAAACGGUUUUAAUAUUGUUUUUUAAUCAUUAUUAAAGUUUACUUUGUUAUUGUUUUCUUUUCUUUUUUUUGAUUACUCCUGUAAGUGGUGAAUGUACAAAUAAAUAAAAAAUACGUUUGAAAAAG